GCAUACAUAUUUAAAAUGGAAUUCGGGUAAAUUAAUCAAUCUCCUUAACAAUUUUGAAAAAAAAAGAAGUAAAUAAAAAAAAUGAAAUAAAUCGGAAGCCAAACACAGCUGUCUACGGGAAGGCUUCAAAUUAAGAGCACUAACCAUAGCCCGAAAAAAGGCAAUCAAGUGAUCAAACUCCUUUUUAGACGGCAGCGCAGCCAUGGAGCCGACUGGUAAUCCAUCACCAGAUAGAGAACGGCAGAUGGUUCCUUGCAAUCCAGCUAUUGCUGUUGAAACACCACUAACGUCGACAACUGAGCAUCAGACACAGCCACAACAGCAAACGCAUGCGGAAUUUGUGAGAAUACCACAAUGUGGAAAUACUACAAUUUCGAAGCAGCCUUCAGGGAAAUUUCUGACCCCGACACAAUUGAAAAAUAAUGUAGAGACACUAGCAGUAUUAACACACAGCGCCAACAACAAUUCAAAUAGAGAAAGAAAUUCUGCUUUGGUCUCCACUGCAACAGUUAUAAAUGCUACGAGUCAGGCAGUGGCAGCUUUGAGUGGCAGAUCCUUGGGGCAUCACCAUCCGCAGCAACAUUCCCAUGAGGAGCAGCCGACGGGUGCAGCAGCAACUGCUUUGCAUCAACAUCACCACCAUGCGAGUGACAGUAUGCUUCUUUGUGUAAGUGGCAUCACCCAACAGCCUCAGCAGCAAACCAUUGAUAAGCUCUCCCGUCCAAUGGCCUUUGAUAAGAUGGAAGUCCUGGUGCGAGAGAUGCAAGACCAGGAGCAUGGUGUGCCAGUGCGUCAACAGAAGAUGUUCCUAACAUCCAUUCCAUAUGCGUUUAUGGGGUACGAUCUUAUUGAGUGGCUAAUGGACCAUCUUCAGAUAGAGGAGUCAGAGGCACUGAAUAUUGCCAAUCAGCUGUGCCUGCAUGGCUACUUUUUCCCUGUCAAUGACUCCAAGACUCUCACAGUAAAAGACGACUCAUCUCUUUAUCGCUUCCAAACACCUUACUACUGGCCCUGGCAACACAAGGCACCGGACAAUGUCGAGUAUGCCAUUUAUUUAGCAAAGCGGUCACUUCGCAACAAGCAGCGUCAUGCACUAGAGGACUAUGAGGCAGAGGCUUUCGCUUCACUACAUAAGAACCUGAAAGGCAAGUGGGACUUCAUUUCUAUGCAAGCCGAGGAACAGGUUCGACUUGCCAAAGAGCGGAAAAAAGGUGACAAGAUUGUUGGCGACUCCCAGGAGCGCGCUUAUUGGCGCGUUCACCGUCCACCACCGGGCCUGUUUACGCCUCUCGAGCCUUGUCCGGUACCGUCACGGGAUCGCCAGGGUCAGAAACCUAAUAAAAGAAAGACUCCAGAUGAUAUUCAACGUGAGGUGGAAUUUCUGAUUAAGACUUUAAAUCGAACACGCAUGAAAAUGUCACAAGCCUGUCAGUCUCUUGUUUGUUACUCGGAGACGUUUAAUGAGUACGAUUUCUUUCUGCAACCAGCGCUGCCCUCAAACCCUUGGGUUACUGAGGAUAUUGCCUUUUGGCAGUUAAACAGCACCUAUGUAGAUAUUCCCACUGAAAAGCGAGUGAAACGCUGGGCCAUUUCCAUAGAAGAGCUCGUCUCUGAUCCCACGGGAUUGCAUGAGUUUACAACUUUUCUGGAAAAAGAGUAUUCUCACGAAAAUAUACGUUUCUGGAUUGCAGUAAAUCGUCUCCGCCGCUCCGCACACUCACAAGUGGCGCGCAAGGUUAACGAGAUAUUUGAAGAGUUCCUUAAGCCUGGAGCGCCGUGCGAAAUCAACAUCGAUGGCAAAACCAUGGAAAGCGUUCUCCGUGGUCUUAAAAAUCCCUCGCGUUUUACUUUUGACUCGGCAUCGGAGCACAUAUAUAUGCUGCUGCUGAAAAAGGAUUGUUAUCCACGCUUUGUCCGUUCCGAGCACUACAAACGUCUUGUAGACAGUGGUAUCCAGCCUUCACACAAAAAACGAUUCUUUUAUUUUGGCGCUGUAAGUGGAGCCAAGAAAAAGAUGACUGCUGCCCUUUCAUGUCAACCAAAUCAAGGCGAAGUGACUAAGGUCACAAAUAACGCCGUCACAGCUAGCGGUUCCAUUACCAAUGUACCACCAUCUGGUGGUACCCCGUUACGUCGGGGUAGUGAUCGUAGCCUUACUAGCUCGGCACUUGAGCUAGCCGUCAUUGCUGUCAAUACAAAUGCUGGCUCCCAAGUCCCACAUUCUCACUCCCAGAAUAACCUACGUGAUAUUCCAUACAGGCAAUCACCUAACACAAAGUUUGCCCACUUAGAGACUACCGUGGAUAUCUUGGCAGCAGAAUCUGGAAGUUCCGUGUGUCCAAGCGAUGAGUCAACUACAAAUGCCCUACAAGAUCAUACUGCGCUUACGCCCAAUAAAGUUGGUAUAACAGUUUUACCUUUAUCUUCAUGCUCGAGUGAGGUUAACGCCAAAGAAGUGUCAAUGCCCCAUACCAGCCGCAAUCCGGUAGUCUGUGAAGUUAGCAAACGCAUGCAACGCAACCUGUGCGUACGUCCCCAGAACACUAUAGACAGUGAGGAGGCGGGUAUAAAGUGUCAAAUGCGUAAUUUAGCCGAGCAACGUCGUGUCUCUGUUUCUUUAACGCACAGCGAAAGCACAUUAAUGGUGGCCCAGCAUACUCUGGAACAACGAAAGCGACUCAACCUGGCCAUAGACUACGAUGGUCUCGACGAUGUCGUUACCUUAACACAACCAAGUCCCUCAAUGGCUGACAAGGAAGACAUCGCUUAA